AUGCCUGCACAGCCUAUCAUCCGCAAAAAGCAAAGGAAUGCUGUCGCUGACAGGGAGCGUGAGCAGAUCAUACGGAUGGUGAUUGUGCUCGGCAAAACCAAGGCUGAGGUUGCCAAGGUCAUGGGGCGGCCGUACUCCACCAUCUCAACUGUUGUUCAGGCCUUUCUCGAUCACGGAACCACCACAUCAAAGAAGAAGGGCGGUCAAGUGGUGCAGCGCAGCACCAUCAGCGAGGAGCACAUUCAAACCAACAUUGCUUACAUCAAUGAUCGGCCGGCAGCAACACUCCAUGAGAUCAACGAGCAUCUCAUCCAGCACAGUGGUCCCUCAGUACCACGCUCUCAGAUGUCGCGUGUGCUCAUUGAUCGCUGUGCAAUCACACUGAAACGAAUAGCGCUCGAACACGAUCGACAUCAAUGCGAAGAGCUCAUCGACAUCCGGCAAAACUGGCUAGUCGACUUUGAGACCAACUACUCGUGGAAAAACGCCAUCUUCUUUGACGAGGCCGGGUUCAACCUGCACACCCACCGAUCAGUUGGGAGAGCAACUGUUGGUGAGCGUGCUAUCCAGCGGAACAGUCCGGCUGAUCGCAAGAAGAACAUGUCGCUGCUUGUUGCUGUGUCAAGCGGCGGGAUCGAGGCAAGCUACAUUGCACUUGGUGGAUGGAACGGCGACAUCAUCACCAUCUUCCUGAAGGAACAUGUCUUUCCGAGGAUACGCGGCCAGAAGCGGCUGCUUGUCAUGGAUAACGCUCGCUGCCACCAUGCCGAUCACGUUGAGCAGGCGAUCACAGCUGAGGGCCAUCACCUCAAGUUCCUCCCACCGUACACACCCUGGUUCAAUCCAACGGAGAAGGUCUUCGCACGCAUCAAGCCUGCAGUCGGCCGACACGAAUUGCGUACACACAAUGGCCUUGAUAACGCCAUCACAGCACAGCUUGAAGCGAUCAUGCCGGAGGACUGUAAGGGCUGGUUACGCGAAACAAAGCGAUGGGCGCGAGUUGCUCAAGCAGGCCAUCCGCUCAACCAGGAUCGCGACGCAGCACAAGCUCUCGAACGAUUUGGCCUUGUUCGCGAUCGUGAAGAGGCUAUGAACAUGUACUUGGAUGCCGAUGGGGAGGAGGAGGAGGAGGAUGGCGACGGCGACGAAGAGGGUGUCUCCCUGGAGAUGCUCACACGGCGCACAGACUAG